UUUAUAUUAUGAUAUUAAUUAUAAUCAAACUGAUGAUAAUGUCUUAAAAAAAUAAUAAAAAUAUCAUAAUACAUUACAUAAAUCAAUAGGUAAUAACUAAUAAUUAUUAUUAUUUUCACAAUAAAUUAUUGUAAAAAUGUAUUAGAACCUACUCCUACUCCGCACUAUAUGUAAGAUUACUGUACAAUUGGUGUAGGAACUAAUGUAAGUAAUUUUUUGCCAUGUAGGAAUUAACAUACGUACAUUUAUUACAGUAAAAAGAACUUACUACACAUCUCAUUUUUAUAUUUGUGUUGAAAUGUACACAUCUCAUUUGUUGGAAUGAACGUAUGUAAUUUUUUACCUGGUAUUUACUCUCGUAUUGGAACUUACUGUCCCCUAGUCAUAUAGUCAGUGGUGAAACUAGGGGGUCUGAGGGGCUUAGCACCCUGGCUACGAUUUAUCACCUCAAAAAUACCCCUUAUUGAUUUAGAUAUAAGCCUGUUAUAACGUUAUCGCAGAAGGUUGAUGAAACAAGCCCCGAUUAACCCCUUUUAUAUGUUUUUCUAAAACUUAAGGCCCUUUCUGAAUUAUCUGUUUUUCAAGCCGGUCUAAGAGAAGGUAAAUAAGUGUAUUAGGUACCUACUAAAUAGAAGGUUCAGUUAUAGUGGUGAACAAGUAAAUUAAUUAUUACGAUACUGUUUUCGUGAUGUAAUAGGUACCAUUUUGCUUCAAAUGUAUGGGGAUCAAUAGUUGCUUCAUAUAAAUGAGAUAUUAAAACGAAUAUGUCCAUUGGGGCCCAUUAUCUUCUUGAAGAAUAAAUAAAAAUAAAAAAAAAUAUAAAAUAAAUAAAAAAAUUAUUCGAGUAAUAGUCAACUAAACGCCAAGUGGAGAAUAGUUUUCCGUUCAAUCAGUAUUAGAUAUUCGUUUCAAUUCGUCGUUGGACAAAUAUUUACAAAUUUGAAUAUUACCAGAUGUAUAAUACUAUAAUUGAGGCUAAAUUAGGUACUCCUCAAGGGUAUAUUAGGACCUAAUACUGUCACUGCAAAAUUAUAAAUUAGAUAUUACCCUGGUGAUUUCGCUUUUAUCAUGGCUUAUAAUAAUAAUAAUUAUCAAACGGACCAUCACACCAAUAUAAUACUAUACCUAAUACAAACAUUCAGAGGAAUCUCUCUCGUUAAUUAUACAACGGGAUAUUGGUAUAAAUGUAUAAUAAUAGUAGGUAGUGAUGACCAACCUAUACUAAAAUAGUUAUUUCUUAGGGUAAGCUCACACGGACCACUCGUGAACGAUUUUUUGUGGUUAUAAUGUGGUUGUACUGUCGGCGAAAUCGACCACUUUUGAACAACUUUUUUGUGGUCGUUAGAAGUCCGAACCGACGUCAAUAUAACCACACCGUAACCACAAAUAUGACUGUAAAAAUGGACUUUGAAGAGGAAGCACUAUUAUUACUUUUAUUACAGCGGAAAAUGCGGCGUCGUAAGAAGAGACAAUUUUGGGUCCAUCCUAUUAUUGAAAAUAAAAAUGAAAGUCAAUUUAAUUUGCUAUAUAAUUCAUUAAGAAUGUAUGAUGAUAAAUUUUUAAAUUAUUUUAGAAUGAGUAAAAAUUCAUUUGAUUAUUUAUUAUGUGAGUUAACGGAUAUUAUAAAACGAACAGACACAACCAUGAGAAAAAGCAUACCAGCUGACGAACGUCUCGCACUUACUAUAAGAUAUUUGGCAACCGGAUGUUCUUUUAAAGAGCUCCACUAUACAUAUAAAUGUGGUUCUACAACUGCUAGUGAAAUUGUCAGAGAUGUGUGCCGUCAGAUAUGGUUUAAAUUACAACCUAUUCAUUUAUCAAAACCAAACAAAGAAAAAUGGCAAGAUAUCGCACAACAAUUUAAAUCAAGAGCUAACUUUCCCAACUGCCUUGGAGCCGUGGAUGGAAAGCAUAUACGUAUCAUUCACCCACCAAAUAGUGGGUCCUUGUACUGGAAUUAUAAACAUUUUUUUUCAAUCGUAUUACUUGCAGUUUGCGAUUCAAAUUACUUAUUCACAUAUGUUGAUAUUGGAGCUUAUGGUAAAACGUCCGAUUCAACAAUAUGGAAGGAUAGCAGUUUAUAUAAAAAAAUGAAAAAAAAUGAAUUAGAUCUACCUGAUCCCGAAAUAAUCAGCAUGGAUGGAAAUCGCUUACCUUACGUAUUUAUCGGUGAUGAAGCUUUUGGGUUAAAUGAACAUAUGUUACGGCCAUAUAGUGGAAGGCAGAUAUCGGAAAAAAAACGUGUGUUCAACUAUAGACUUUCCAGAGCACGCAGAUACGUCGAAUGUUCGUUUGGAAUUCUAGCGAAUAAAUGGCGAAUACUCCAUAGACCACUCAAUGUGGCAGUUGACUUCGCAGAAGAUAUUGUUAAAGCAUGUGUUGUAUUACAUAAUAUAGUACGAAAGCAAGAUGGUUAUAACUACGAAGAUACUCUAAUGACACCGGAUUUUAUACCAUUUGAAAAUAACGAAGAAUAUCGUGUAGGCAGGUCAGUGAAUUUAGUCAGAGAUAAAUUUGCCGACUAUUUUAUAAGUCCAGAGGGUGAAUUACAUUGGCAGUAUACAAUGUAAUAUAGAAAUAAAUAAUAUGUGAUUUGUAUUGAGUAAUAAGUAUCUAGUAUUAAUAAUGUGUAAUAUUAUAUUAUAUAUUAUAUUAUAUUUAUUAAAUAAAUAGUUCUUACCGCAGUUAUUUUUGUCUUUUUGAUUCUUCGCUUCAAAAUCAUUAUAAAAUUUAAGACAAAGAGACUCCCAAGCUUUAGCUUUUGUAAUACGAUUACUAUAACUAUUUGAAGUAUAAUCCCAAAUACAUGGUAAAUUAUGCAAUUCUUCAAUAAACAAUUCUGUGUCAAAUGCGUCGUCGUUUUCACUUUGUUCGCUCAUAAUUUAUCUCGUAUUGAACACAGAACACGUGAACUACUGAACAACAACUAAAAAACCAACUCAACCAAUCGACAAAAUAAAUAUCAUAACACUAGUCAUAAAAUAAUAAUGAUAAUAAUAUAUGUAUAGAUUACAUGAUACAAAAUAAAGAUAACAAUGAUAUAAAGAUAGCAAUGAUAUUUCUAUAAAUAUAAAAUAAUAAUGAUAAAAUUUGUGUGCUGGUGGCAAGUGGUUGGAAAGUGGUUGACGUGUCGCAGCAUGUGUGUUACGCUCAACCACCGACGACCACAAUUUCGUGGGUGAUACAGUCGACACGAUGCGACUGAAGUCGAAACUGACGGCAGAAAGUGGUCCGUCUGAGUUCAAUUACAUUUUUCAUAUUAUUUUAUAUGUUUUUAAAAUAUCAACCACGAGCGACCACCGUUUUGCGGUCGUAGCGUGGUUCUAAAGUGGUCCGUGUGAGCUUACCCAUAGUCUUCAGAUUUUCCGUGGUCUGGAUUUCUCUGCAUAUAUGACGAUCAAAAAACAUCACGCCUACAAGGUCCAGUAAUCCAGUUAAUUGUUUGAUGGUAAAAUAUUUGUAAGUCAAUUGAUCGAGUCAUUAGUUAGUAUAUUAAUCAAAAAUGCAUAUAAUGUAAUAAAUAAAUUAGAAAAAAAUAGGACAGCUAUAAUCUUUCAAACAAAAAAAAACCGCAGUCGUAAUUUGACAUGAGACAUUUAAAAAAAAAAAAUGUGAAACAAUACGUUUGAGGCGCGUAUUUAAAAAAAAUAUACAGCGUUGUUUGAGUAAAAAUAUAACUGUCAUGAUAAAAAAAAAACAAAAAAAAACAAGCAAAUAAA